AUGGCUGAUCAACUUACCGAAGAACAAAUCGCUGAAUUCAAGGAGGCCUUCUCCCUUUUCGAUAAGGAUGGCGAUGGUACUAUCACAACCAAGGAAUUGGGAACAGUCAUGCGUUCCCUUGGACAAAACCCCACUGAAGCCGAAUUGAUGGAUAUGAUCCAAGAGAUUGAUGCUGAUGGAAGUGGAACCAUUGACUUUCCAGAAUUCCUUACAAUGAUGGCCCGUAAGAUGAAGGAUACCGACAGUGAGGAGGAAAUCCUUGAAGCCUUCAAGGUCUUUGACAAGGACGGAAAUGGAUUCAUCUCUGCUGCCGAGCUUCGUCAUAUCAUGACGAACCUUGGGGAAAAGCUUACCGAUGAGGAAGUUGAUGAGAUGAUCCGUGAGGCAGAUAUCGAUGGUGAUGGACAAAUCAACUACGAAGAAUUCGUAAAGAUGAUGAUGUCCAAGUAA